UUGGCGCAACGAAUACGAUGAUAGCGAGUAGAUGUCAGCCAGCGAGCGAGAGAGGCCGUAUGUGCUGCUCACGGCAUACAAUUUUUCUCAGCAAAAAAUAAAAGUUUAGUGCCUGUAAAACAUCUAAAACUGUAAUUAAAAUUAUUUCUAAUUGUGUAAGUGCAGCGCCGCCUAAAAUCCACAAUGGGAUUGCAACCGAUAAAAAUAAAAUAACACACACACAUCAAUGCGAAUACCGCUGCAGUGAAAAAGUGAAAAUUCGAGUGGUGUCUCAAGCUCAGCCAGAAGCAGCGAGAAGUGAAUGUCUGUGUGUGUGCGUGUACGUGUAUGUGUGCGUCUUACGUUUGCGAUACGUUACGUUGCAAGUGAAAUUUUUGACAAUUGCCCCAGCGGCGGCGGCGGCGGCAAUUGGAAUUUGUUUAUAUUAUAAUUCCUUACAGUGCGCUCCACAAAACUGAAGCAACUGCCCGCAAAUGUUGUUCCCCAAAUAUGAUAAUGAAAGAUGCACGAAUAUGACAUAUAUGCGCUAAAUGAGGAUCAAGCCCGUCUUCUGAAUGGCAAAUACAAAGUCAAACAACUAAACCAAACUGAAACACAAAUCAAAAGUUCGCCCAAAAAGCAAACAUCAGCUGAUCAAAACGAAACUUCCACAAGUCCCAUAAAAACCGAACAGCGCAGAUCAUCAGCGACAGCUUCACCGUCAAAGCCAACAACAACAACAACAACCAACUCUGGGAUAUAUCCAGAAGUGCAGGAGCUUAUCGAUCAGGUUGUCAGCCAGGAGGUGAAAACCCAACCGCCAGCAGAAGUUGAGGAGAGCCCAAAACGUCGCCGACCGCGACGCGUUUAUGUGGCUGAGUUUACACGUUGCGCCAGUCUACGAUCCCGUCAAGCGCCAGCAGUUGUUGUUGUUGCACUAGAGCCACCAAUAACACCGCCGCCGGCACAGGCAUCGCCAACACCAACCGAGUCCUCCGAGGACAAGUAUUUGAAGUUAGAUCAAUUCAGGCCAGAGUUUUGGAAUCGCAUCGAAGAGGAGCCGGAGCCGAAGGUAACUGGCAAAAAGAAACGCGGCGGUAGCGUCAGCGUCGGUGGUAGGAACCGGAAGCGUCGCAAUCGGCUUGAGCUUGAUACGAAUUUCUCGCCGGAAACAGCUGCGGCCAUUGCAGCGGCACAGCUUGAGCUCGACUCGGCGAAACCGGCUUCGCGCUCCAUCCGCAAACGCAAGCGCAGCGGCAACAACAUGUCACUGUACGACAGACGCUAUCAAACGUCCAGCGAUGAGCAGCAGCGACGUGGCGGCGGUGUGGCCAAUGGCUAUGCCGUUGGUGGCAACGGGCUACGUGCUGGCAACAAUGCGGCAGGCGCUAGCGAUGUCGAUGUAGCCGAGCUGCAAGGCCAUCAGUAUUAUGUGCCCACCGGUGGCAGCAGUUCGAGCAGCACAAGCGCUGGCGCUGGCCCAGGACUCAAUGGCAGCAGCAGCGUCGCCUUGAAUCAUGUGCCAGCCAUGGGCACCCUUUGCAAUAUUGGCAACACAUGCUAUCUGAAUUCGGUGGUCUACACGCUGCGCUUUGCACCGCAUUUCUUGCACAAUCUGCAUCAUCUUAUCCACGAUCUGAGCGUGGUGCAACAGACGAUCGUGCGACAGAAUAAUGCCAAGUCAGCGUCGCUGGGACGCAAUGUGAGCGGCGGCGGCGUGCAUUUGGAACAUGCGAGAAGCUGGAGUAGCAAAGAUUUGGCCACCGCAGAGUCGUCGUCGUCGUACAACAGCAAUAGCACCACCAAUGGCAGUGGCAGCAGCUCCAGCAGCGGCAGCAGCAGCAAGUCAAGUCUGCAAUCCGUCAGCGAGAAGCUGCACGAACUGUAUCACAGUCUGCAUGGCAAUGAGAUGGCCGACUCGAGUGAGCCAUAUCAUGCGGACACAUUGCUGCAUGCCAUACAGGAUGUGAAUGCCACAUUCGAGGGUAAUCAGCAGCAGGAUGCGCAUGAGUUUCUUAUGUGCGUACUCAAUUGUAUACGAGAAACGAAUCAGUCGCUGAUCAAGGCCAUUGGCGAGUGUCCCGAAGUGAUUGCAAAUGGUUAUAUUGCUAAUCCUGACGAAACGGACACUGUUGAUGCCCUGGAUCGCUCUGAUGGAGGCAACCACGCGCUAAUGAGCGCCUCUGGUAAUGGCUCGAUUGCCACUAGUCAAACACAAAGCACUACGACAACAAAAACAUCGUUUUUCUCACGCAAAUCGAAGAGAAAAGACGAAGUGAAAUCAUCGAAAGCAACGCGAGUGCAGUCACCGCUAAAGGACAACAGUCCAACCACAAGCGGCAGCAUGGGACCGCCGCAUGCGGCCUCCAAUAGUCUUUUCUAUUUGAAUACAGUCGAUCUCAGCGGCAGCAGCAGCAGCACCAAUAGCGCGGCGCCAAGUGCAGCUCCAGUGACCACAACAACAGCAACUGCAACGGUGCCAGCAAAAUAUUCCAGUGAUGAUGAAACGAACUCGGCUAGUCUGCUAAAGGAUAAAAUGCGAUUGGAGGAGCGCAUACGUGAGCUCAAUUUGAACUUCUUCAGCACCGAUUUCGAAGGCAUUGUGGUGCUGACAACCAAGUGCCUGAGCUGUGAGACUAUAACGCGUCAAAAGCAGGGCAUGCUCGACAUUUCGGUUCCCGUGCCCAUAUCUGGUUACGACAAUGCCGAACUGCAGGAGAAACCCAGCGCAUACAUACAAAACUCGUGCAUUACGCGUGAAUAUUUUCGCGGCGACAACAAAUAUAGUUGCAACCAGUGUACCGGCUACACUGAAGCCAUACGCUCCAUUUCAUACGAGGUGCUGCCACGUCUCUUGGUCAUUCAGCUGAAUCGCUUCUCGGGCGGCAUGGAGAAGGUUAGCACCUAUGUGCCGACCACAUUUACGCUGCCCUGUUUCUGUGCCAAGUGCUGUGAACUGAGCGACGCCAACAAGCUGCAUGUCUACAAGCUGUACAGCGUCAUCACGCAUGUGGGUGCCACACUAACUGUGGGCCACUACAUUGCGUAUACGUGUUUUCUGGACCUGGCCAGCGAUUAUAUGAAUUGUCCCAAGGAUCGUCGCAACACCACAACGAGUCACGCACAGUCACAACAGUCGGCGUCCGCGGGCAGCAAUGAGAAUGCCGCACCGAGCAACAAUGGCAGCAGCAGUAGCAGCAUUGUCAGCGCACCCGUCUCGGCGGCCGCUUCGGCGUUGGCUUCCUCGGGCACCAGUCUGAUGAAGAAGAUGAAAUUUGGACGCAGCAAGGCGUCGAGCAGCGGCGAUAUGAGCAAGAAUGUUAAGCAACUGAAUGGUUUCACCAGCAAGACCAUCACAAAUGGCAUUGGCAAACUGAGUAUGAACACCACGUGCCACGGCGUCAACUGUUGCGCCAUGCGCCUGUGCUGCAGCCAACAACAGGCCAGCAACAGUGCGGCGGGCAGCAAUAGCGCCAGCAGCAGUGAUUUCAGCGAGGAAUCUCUGCAGAAUGGCAGCAACAGCAAUCUCAGCUACGGCAGCUCGGCCAGCAAUUCAGCGCAAUAUCCCACAGGCUACGGCAGCACGGGGCGUGGCGGCGUUAAGGCCAAUUACACACAAGGGAGCAAUGAACCGAUUUGGUAUAUGUGCGAUGAUGAUAAAAUCAAAGCGAUGACACAGCGAGAAUUUGAGGAUUUAUUGUCACCCACGCGCAAAAUAACAAUCACACCAUAUUUGUUAUUCUAUGCGCGUUUCGAUCUGCAGCCAGCGGCCCAAUCGACGCCCUCAAAGCCGCCGUGCACAUCAUCGACACCGCCACCGCCGACGCCACAGAGCUCGUGGUCAAAUGAUAAUCUGCAAAGUGGUCUGCACAAGAUUUGAAAGGUUUUCGCCACAUUGCGCACGGCUAUCUGAAAUCGUCAACACAGCAAAGAGGAGAAGCUAGAGCCCAGGAUACGAGAGGGGCAAUCCACGUCCACGAUGGGGACACGGAUAUAAACACACAUACGUACUGCUUGGGUGCAUACAAUAUGUCGUCUCUAGAUUAGGUCACACGAGUGUGCGAAUAUAUACAACAACACAAAAGAAAACAAAACAAAACAAAAAAUAAGUGAAGCAGAAGUCUGUUUGUUAAACAAUGUACUCGUUUAAGCUAUAUCGAUUAUCUACAUACAUAAAAAGAAAUCUACAUUUAAUAACUAUACGAAAACUUGUUUAAAACUAACUUAACCUUUUGACUGAAGCCAGCCCCCAAGCCCCGCGCCCCGCAUCCCUCGAUGUGUAGCUCUGUGUGUAGGUUAGUUAUUCCAGUUAAAGUUCUGAUGAUGACAUCGAUUUCACGACCAGGUUGAGAUCUCGUAUUGUGUUAUUCUUCUUUCUAAUUUCUCUACAUCAUCGAGACAAACGCACUCACACACACACACAUUGGAUAUAUUAAAUAUAUCUCAGCUAAUACUUGUUCAUUUCAUUAAACAUUUUUUGUAAAUGCACCCUAUAAAUGUGGCAUUUGAGAUCUGGCAAACAUUUGUUAUAAAGUUGCUGCCAAUAAAGCAAAAAUAUAAGUCAGAUAAACAGAUAAUUGUAAACACGAAUUUAACACGUUAAGAACGCUAUUAAUCAAUUGUUUGCGAUAUCGCCUCAAAAAUUACACACACACACACACGAUUUCGAUAUGCAUUAAAUGUAAAUUACAAAAAUCAAACAGAUAUAAAGGAAGAGAGAGAUAGAGAGCUCAAAUCGGCUAUUCAUAAGCUGAAGCAUCACAUACAUACAUAUAAUAAUACUAUAGUUCAGUUCUAUGCGUACUUCCAUAAACAAUAUAUAUUGAAAGCAAAACAAAUUGAGAAAAAGUCAGCAGUUAAAUAUAUCUUACAUACACGCAUAUACAUACAUCCAUACAUACGUACCGUACAUCAAUAUAGAUAUGUCAGUGCAUCUGGUCGUACUAUAUACAAACAUAUAGAUGCAUAUGUAUAUCAAGUGUUAAAUAGUUGUUACGAGUAUAAAUCCAUACAAAGUAUAAAAGAAACGCCUUUUCAAUCUUCAAAGGUAUUUGAGUAUAACAAUAACAGCAAAGCAGCCAACAACAAACACAAACUUACAUCAAUACAUAUAGACAACAGACUCAAUAAAUACCAAUCAGUGAAUUGUUACAAAAAAAACAAAACAAAAAAACAGAAUUAAUAAAAUAGUUUAUAUUGAUGUUUUUCAUAAUGCAUAGCUAACAAAUCGAAACAACUUCAAGCAUAUAAAUCAGACUCUAACACACACAUACACACGCUCACACACUUACGAUAAUUGUACUAAAUAAUGAUAACAAAAUAAAUAAUAAUUAUUAAAAAAACUACUUUAUGCAAUCUGUUUAGAAGUUUAGUUGAGAAUUAAUAAACGUUUUUGUUUCAGGAGCGCUGCUUUAGUGAUAUUAACAUUUACAACAAAAUAAAAAAAAAAUUAUACACACCAACACACACAUAUACACAAACACAUAUUAUACAUAUACAUAUAUUUAUUUAGAUUGUAAUUUAAUUGUAAUUUGUAACAUUAACAAUAAUUCCAAUACAAACAUCCUUAAUAAGAGAAAUCAAUUCAACUUUCCACAUGGUACGACAGUUGUGUUAAUUAAAAACAAAGCGCCGUUUAAUUACAAUUGCAAUUACAAUUAUUAUUAUUAUGAUUAU